AUGACCAAGGUACCAGCCACCAAGAAGAUACAGAGUUCCCCUGCCUCGGGGGCCCUCUGGCCCUUUUGUGCCUCAGAUCUUCUAAGGCAGGUCCCCGACAAACCAACGAGGAGCAUCAGGUAUAUGGAGAAGGAUGUAAUAAACUUCAAGAAAGACCUUACACGAAGCCGCAUCUUGAUUCAGUGGGUGAAGACUGGCCGUGGAUACUUUACUAUUCUGAGGAAGGAGAGUGCAUUGAAAAAGAAGCAACAACAACUUCAGAAACUCAAAGAGGAAGAAAGAAAUAUAUUCCAGCCAGCCAAAGAGAUGUCAGAUAGCCAGUAUGGGGAUAUUCUUUUGACCACAAACGGGGACGAGAAGAUGAAGAAGGUGGGGAUGGGAGUCCUCCUGUGUCCGUUCACCCCCGUGCACAGCUGCAUCAUUGCGCCCUCGCUGCCUGAGGCUCACGUUGAGCCCAUCUUCCGCCAGCUCUGUGCCCUCCACUGGCUCCUGGAGGCCCUGACUAUCGACCACACCCACCACACCAUGAAGCCGGUGGUCACCUGCUGGAAUCCGAAGGACCCAGGUGGAAGCAAGAGCACAAUAAAAAAAAUCAAUAAGGACAAGUCCAUGGGACAGAGGUGGGAGCGCUUCAUCACAGCCCCAAAGACCAAGAGAUUCAAGGUUCCUGUAGCACGUGUCACCAGCCGCAAACCAAGCCGGCGAGGGUCCACCCUCAGUCUGUCUCGGACAAGUGGAGGGUCAUCCCCCCAGAGCAGCAUGGUCUCCGUGAACCCGGGCUCAGAUGAGCCCCAGAGUGUGAUCACCCAGGCGACAGGCAGCAAGGACGUUGAGGACAGUGAAUCGUCUUCGGCCAAGCCCGAAGAAGAACCUCUCCAUGUCAAUCUGCAGAAGCUCCUGGAGAUGGUUCGGGAAGAUGCUCAGAGAACAGUCACAGUGGCAAAUGGGAUGCAAAAACAAGCGGCCAGUAUCUUCUCAAUGCUCAGACAAAACAAGAGUGAUUCUGCCUAUAAAGACAUGCAGACCACCCGCAAAUCAAGUGACAGAUCCAGUAGUACAAGUGGAGACAGCCACUCCCAGGUGCUCCAGAAGAAGUCUAAAAGCCGCACCAACCGUGACAUCAUCCACUGCAAGAGUGGGGUGUGUAACGCCAUGAGGGCCAAGUUUAACAGUGUGGCCCAGGAGGCUGGCCUCUGUCUACAGGACAAGAUGGAAAUCCUCAUGAAGCGCCAAGAAGAAAGAGGUCUCCAGAAGUUCCGUUCUUUUGACCUUGUCUCAAAUUUCCAAAAGGAUGUAGCAAAAAUGAGACACCACAUCUCCAUGGUAAAAGGAGAUGCAGAAGAAAUUGCACACCACUGGUACUUGGACCUGCUGUCCAAACUUCCUGAGGAUCUGAAGAAUUUCCGCCCUGCCAAAAAGAUCCUGGCGAAACUGCAGAAGUUUGGGGAAAAUCUGGACCUGAGGAUCCGGCCGCAUGUUCUCUUGAAGGUGCUGCAGGACAUGAGGCCCUGGGAGCUGUGCUCUCCGGACAUCGCGGUGGCUGUCGAGUUUGUGCGAGAACACAUCAUCCAUAUGCCUCAAGAGGACUAUAUCAACUGGCUGCAGGACCGAAUCAACGUCCCCAUCCGGCCCCACAGUGCCCAGAGGUAG